AUGAAGCUGCCCUGGCUGCUCCCGGCAGCUCUCCUGGCGCUGCUGCUGCCCGGCCGCGGCGGCGCCGCCCAGGCCGCGGCGCUGGAGCUGCGCACGUUCGUGGGCUGCGCCGUGAGGGAAUUCACCUUCGUGGCCAGGAAAGCCGGCUGCCGCGGGCUCCGCGUCACCACGGACGCCUGCUGGGGACGCUGCGAGACCUGGGAGAAACCGAUCCUGGAGCCUCCUUACAUCGAGUCCCACCACCGCAUCUGCACCUACAACGAGACCAGGAUGGUGACGGUGAAGCUGCCCAGGUGUGCCCCCAACGUGGACCCCUUCUACACCUACCCGGUGGCCAUCCGCUGUGACUGUGACAUCUGCUCCACUGCCACCACCGAGUGUGAGACCUACUGA